GAGGAGGAGGAAGAGGGGAUCCCCUUCAUCGCCGAGGACAGCUCAGGGCGCUGCCGCCUGCUGUGCAAGCCCUCGGCGCUGGCCCAGCACCUGGUGCGGAGCUUGGGGCAGUCGGCGGUACUGCGGGGGGGCCACUGGCUGUGGCCGCGCUGGCCCCGGCUCCAGAUGCUGCAGCAGCUCCUGCAGCCGCCUGAGCCAGAGCCGGGCUCGGGCGCGGGCCUGCUGCUCGCCUCCCGGGGGGAGAGUGGCUCUUCCAGCCGCCUGGCCGCUGCUGCCUGCAUCUCCCCCGUCUUCCGUGGCCGGGACUGGUUUGAGGCCGGGAUGCCCUGGCUCUACGAGUGGCCGCUGCUCCUGCACCUCAAGAGGGGACUCAGCAGGUCAGUGGGGUCCCUCGGGGCUGGGGAGGGGAACGCGGACAGCCUGCGGGGCAGCCGCUCACUGCGGGAGCUGGAGGAAGCCCUCUUCUGCCGGACCAAGAGCCACCCCACCAGCUGGGAGGCCUACUGGGAGCGCAACGAGCCCCUGCGCGACGCCGACGAGGCGGCCGUGCCGGUGCUGUGCCUCUGCAGCGCCGACGACCCCGUCCGCGGCCCCCCGGCCCGCAGCCUGCCCCUGGAGCUCUUCCGCAGCAGCCCCUACUUCUUCCUGCUGCUCACCCCGCACGGGGGGCACUGCGGCUUUCCCCGGCGGGGACCGGGGCGCUGCUGGGGCCACGAGGCCGUGCUGGAGUACUUCAAGGCCAUGGCCGAGUUCCUGCGGGCGGAGGAGCGGAGGAAGCGGCCGCCGCGGCCCCGCAGGUGGGGGGGUCCCGCCGCUGAGCCCCCCGUCUUCACCUGGCAGAGGUCCUACACCCGGUAG